GGGCACGGAUGUGGGUUGCUGCCUUGAACCUUUGACCCUACUCUCCUCCCACAGGACAAGCUUCCCACAGGCCCUCCUCACUGAGCACUGGGACUCCCACCAGAAGCCUAGUGUGAGGACAGAGAUGGCGCUGCGCCUGGAGCCUACAACCCGCUUUCCCAUCCUGGCUGUGUCAGGAAGCACUGUGUCCGAGUUGCCUGGUGGCCCCAAUGUGUCCCUCAACGGUUCCUGGGCCGGUCCAACAGAUCCCAGCUCCCUGCAAGACCUUGUGGCCACGGGUGUCAUUGGGGCAGUGCUCUCAGCCAUGGGUGUAGUGGGCAUGGUGGGAAACGUGUACACUCUGGUGGUCAUGUGCCGGUUUCUGCGUGCCUCAGCCUCCAUGUAUGUCUAUGUGGUCAACCUGGCCCUGGCCGACCUUCUGUACCUGCUGAGCAUCCCCUUCAUCAUAGCCACCUACGUCACUAAGGACUGGCACUUUGGGGACGUGGGCUGCCGUGUCCUCUUUAGCCUGGACUUCCUGACCAUGCAUGCCAGCAUCUUCACCCUGACCAUAAUGAGCAGCGAACGUUACGCUGCGGUACUGAGGCCUCUGGACACAGUGCAGCGCUCCAAGGGUUACCGUAAGCUGCUGGCCCUGGGCACCUGGUUGCUGGCGCUGCUGCUGACCCUACCCAUGGUGCUUGCCAUCCGGCUGGCCCAUAGGGGCUCAAAGAGCCUCUGCCUGCCGGCCUGGGGCCCGCACGCCCACCGCACUUACCUGACACUGCUCUUUGGGACCAGCAUUGUGGGGCCUGGCCUGGUCAUCGGGUUGCUCUAUGUCCGGCUGGCCAGGGCCUACUGGCUAUCUCAGCAAGCUUCUUUCAAGCAGACACGGCGGCUUCCCAACCCCAGGGUGCUGUACCUCAUCCUUGCCAUUGUCCUCCUGUUCUGGGCCUGCUUCCUGCCCUUCUGGCUGUGGCAGCUGCUGGCCCAGUACCAUGAGGCCAUGCCGCUGGCGCCCCAGACUGCGCGCAUCGUCAACUACCUGACCACUUGCCUCACUUACGGCAACAGUUGCAUCAAUCCCUUCCUGUACACGCUGCUCACCAAGAACUAUCGUGAGUACCUGCGUGGCCGCCGGAGGCCACCGGGUAGCGGUGGCCGUGGUCCAGGGAGUGCUGGCAGCUUCCUGCCCGGCCCAGUUCACCUCCAGCAGGACUCUGGCCGCUCCCUGUCCUCUAGCAGCCAACAGGCCACAGAGAUCCUCAUGCUGUCCCCAGUGCCCCCGAGUGGGGCUUUUGUCUGAAAAUGUCCUGUGUGACCCUGGAG